CUCAGUGGGGCGACGGUCAUUGAUUCCCUUGACACCCUCUACCUCAUGGAGCUGAAGAAGGAGUUCCAAGAGGCCAAGGCCUGGGUUGAAGAGAGCUUCCAUCUGAACGUGAGCGGAGAAGCAUCCUUGUUUGAGGUGAACAUCCGCUACAUCGGAGGGCUCCUCUCAGCCUUCUACCUGACCGGGGAGGAGGUGUUCCGAAUAAAGGCCAUCAAGCUUGGAGAGAAACUCCUACCGGCCUUCAACACCCCCACAGGAAUCCCAAAGGGCGUUGUGAGCUUCAAAAGUGGGAGCUGGGGCUGGGCCACAGCAGGCAGCAGCAGCAUCCUGGCAGAGUUUGGAUCCCUGCACUUGGAAUUCUUACACCUCACCGAGCUCUCUGGCAAUCAGGUCUUCGCUGAAAAGGUCAGAAACAUCCGCAAGGUCCUCAGGAAGAUCGAUAAGCCCUUCGGCCUCUACCCCAACUUCCUCAGCCCAGUGAGCGGGAACUGGGUGCAACACCACGUCUCGGUUGGAGGACUCGGGGACAGUUUUUAUGAAUAUUUGAUCAAAUCCUGGUUGAUGUCGGCCAAGACAGAUAUGGAGGCUAAAAAUAUGUACUACGAAGCCUUGGAGGCAAUAGAGACCUACUUGCUGAAUGUCUCUCCCGGGGGGCUGACCUACAUUGCUGAGUGGCGAGGGGGGAUUCUGGACCACAAGAUGGGGCACCUGGCCUGUUUCUCCGGGGGCAUGAUCGCCCUCGGCGCUGAGGAUGCCAAGGAAGAAAAGAGGGCCCACUACCGCGAGCUCGCAGCCCAGAUCACCAAGACGUGCCACGAGUCAUACGCCCGCUCAGAUACCAAACUCGGGCCCGAGGCCUUCUGGUUUAACUCCGGCAGAGAGGCAGUGGCCACCCACCUGAGCGAGAGCUACUACAUCCUCCGGCCCGAGGUGGUCGAGAGCUACAUGUACCUGUGGCGGCAGACCCACGACCCCAUCUACAGGGAGUGGGGCUGGGAAGUGGUGAUGGCCCUGGAGAAACACUGUCGGACAGAAGCCGGUUUCUCUGGGAUCCAAGAUGUGUACAACAGCACUCCCAACCACGACAACAAGCAGCAGAGCUUCUUUCUAGCAGAGACGCUAAAGUAUCUCUAUCUUCUGUUCUCUGAAGAUGACGUGCUCUCCCUGGAAGACUGGGUGUUCAACACCGAGGCCCACCCGCUCCCAGUGAACCACUCAGACAGCUCUGGCGGGACAUAGGACAGGCACUGACCCCAUCUGCCCGCCGCUCGUGGGGCCACCACAGGGAUGCCUUUCCCUUUCGGGAUUUGGGACUGUUCUCAAAGGGAUUGGGAACGUAGGCCCCAUCUCGGGCAGACCCCGAGCAGAUGUGUCAGGCAAGCAACUUCUUUUCCUCUGUGAGGAGUCAGGACUUGGAGACGCAGCGAUGUCAGACAAGGGCCAUGGCCACACCAGGCCCAGACAUUCCUUCUAUGGAGAAUUUCUAUGAAGCCCACUCACUUGCCAUUCCAGAGCCGAAGGACCGGAGGUUUGCGUAUCUACCCACAUAUCUGAUUUGCUUCCUUUUGGUUUUUGGGUUUUUGUUUUUGCUUGAUUUUGUCUUUUCUCUAUAGUUGAGUUUUAUCACAAUUAUAGUUUUCAAAAUCAUGUGCUUUCUAAAACAGUGUCAUCCUGAUACAUACACACAAAAUCUUGACCCCAUUAUCUAUAUUUUAAAUGCCUUUUGCCCCACAUUUACUCCAUGUCCAACUAUGUGUCAUUUACUUUAUAAUUUGAGGAGGGGUUCCCCUUUGAUUUGGGCCUAAGUGUUACAAAUCACUAGUGCUAUUUUCAUUAUUGUAAUGGGAAAAUCUGUGAACCAGAAUAAAAGAGUUUAUUGAGUAAGA